AUGAAAAGACAAAUUAUAUUGUUUACUUCUUUAUUUAUAUUUUCUUUUAAUUUAACAUGGUCAUAUGAAAAAUCAAAUAUUAGGUCAGGGUAUUAUAAUGAAGAAAAUUUAAACAAUAAGGAAAAGGAUAAAAUUACUUCCUUGUUUAACGAAAUUAAUGAAGAUGUACAAAAUGAUGUGGAAGAAAAUUUAGAUAGUGGAAAAAAUAUGUUAGAAGGUGAUCAUUUGUUUAUAGGGCAAGCAGGAGAAGCACAGGAUCAAGGCCUUAAAGCAAGUGAACUUCAAGCACCAAGUAGACAAGUUACUGCAAGUAAUUCAGAUUCAAAUACACAUGGAAGUGAUCCAAAUAAUGCAUCAGAUUUAUCAAGAAACCAAGGAACUUCAAGAGCAACGGGAGAAGAAACACCAAAAGAUGUACCAGGUCAAUCAUCAGAAGCAGGAUCAGGACCACAAGAAGGAUUACAAUCAGAACGACAAUCAGGAUCACCACCAGAAUCACCACCAGGAUCACAACCAAGACCACAAGAAGUAACAGGAUCAGAGGGAACACCAAGAGUACCAACAGAAGGAAGACAAGAUGCAUCACCAAGUGUACCACAACCACCUAGUGCCACAGAGCCAUCAGCCUCUGAACAACCACAAGCGGUAUCUGAAUCACCAAGUCCAGAAGGAACAUCACCCACAUCACGAUCAAGAAGAUCAGUAGAAUCGGAUCCAUCACCAGAUAAUAGAAAUAACCCCCAAACCCCUGUUAGUACAACUCCAAAUUCUAACAAUGCUACCGCAUCUCCUCAAACGGCACAACCUCGUAAUAAUGAAAAUAAUAGAGUAAAUAGAAUCCCAGAAAUGAAAUAUUUAGAUCUCCUUUAUGAUGAACUUCUUACAAAUAGAGAAGGAAAACAUCAAGUAGAUUUUGGAGAAAACCACGAAAAAUAUAAUAUUUUUAGAAAGGAAUAUGAUAAUUUUUCUAUUAAUCAAAAAGAGUAUGAUAUAAUUAAGAAACUUCUUAAUUCUAUUUUUAAAGAUAAUGAUGAAAAUGAAAAAAUGAAAAAGCUAGCUAACAUCUUUCAAAAAGCAUUAAUUGACAAGGAAUUCCAUGAUCAAUUUAAAAACUUUAUUGAUGGUAUUUUGGGAUUUGCAAAACGUCAUAGUUACUUAAGAAAUGAAAAAAUCCAAAACAAUACUACAUAUAAAGCAUUCUUUCAAAAUGCAGUGGAUUUAUUAAAUACACUUUAA